UUUCAUGAUCCACUUACCAACCUUGGCGUCUACGAAAUUGGGGCUGUCUGGAUCUAGUUAUGCCUUUGACUCCAACCCCAAGACGAUGCAAUAAAACCCUUUUUCUCCUUCUUCUUGUUCCGCUACUCACUGAGUCAAUUUUCCUCAAGAAUGGAUGCACAACAAGCAUGGAGACUCAGAUUAUCUUUCAAGAACGCUACAAUAUUUUUGAGCAUAUUGAAUGUGUUUGCUCUUCUUUUCUUUCUUCAGGGCUUUCUCUCUUCCGCCUCCUCUCGCAACACUCUCUCCUCUGACCAACCCACUUCAGUUCAGCUCAAGUAUAUCAGAGAGUGUGAAGAAAUUCGCCUUGCUAUGCAACCUUUGGAACUCAUAAAAAGAGUGAGGGAAAUCCAGCAAGAGAAAUAUGUGGAACAAGAAACAGACCAGCAGAAUGAAGCAAAACAAACUGCAGCAAUUGAUCUUUCUAAAAGGCUGAAGGAUUUCCGCUCCCUUAAUGAUGCUGCCAGUUUGAAAGCUGUAGAAGAGUGGCGAAGAAGGAAGAUGGAGCGAGACAGGCAACGGCAACUUGAGAGAAAUGGUACCACUGCAUCUCUCUAAAAAUUUAGUGCUGCUGAUACUUAAAUGAGGUGGAACAGAACUGAUUGCUGAUGCAAGGAGUUGUCUUGGAUACAUUCUCAUAGUAUGUGUAUAUUACAGAAACUCAGUUUAUAGUAAAAUCUAGAGGUUUUAUGCAAGUUAGAAGUUUAUAGUCAGAUGUUUAUGCUUUCGCUUAUAGAACAGGCUCAAGCCUUUAAUUUUAUUGAUGUAACCAGAAUACAGCAUCUUUAUUUACCUGUUCUUGAUACAUCGAGUAGAAAUUUGGUAUAUUCUACAAGUUUGUAA